AUGCACGCACCCUUUUGGAAUAUGAUUGAAAUGCAAGAUGGGUUAAGAUGUGUUGGCAUCCCCCACCUAUCUAUCCAACAUUAUGUCAUUGUUGAAUAUGAUUGUUUGGAGGGAACCCAUUGUGGCUCUCCAAUUGACCAAUUUCGUGAAUUGGUGCAAGAUGUUGACAGACUGAGACACGAGUUUUACCAUUGCACCUUUGUCCAUGUUUGGAGGGAUUCAGAUGAAGUUAUUGACGCACUUUGCAAAGCAUGUUUUACCUUUACAGAAUAUUAUACGAGCAUUGUUCAAAGCAAGAAGAGUGACCAAGUGUUAUUGCAAGACCUAUAUCCAGGUUCUUUGAAUCAGAUUGACACAAGACAUUCAAAUUAUUCUGUUGUGAAACUCAAAUCAAAGUUUCAGAAGCUUUGUGAAGAGGAGGAUGGAGCUGUUACAGGAAUCGUGGUAUUCCUUCACGGGGUCCAUUUCUUUUUCCACGCUCUUACCCAACGCAUUGCUCUCCCUUCUCUGUCUCCCAGGUACUCUCUCUCCAAUUUUCUUGGGGUUCUUUGGGUGGUAGCGUUCAUCGAUUUUGAGGACAGCGACAUGAUUUAUCAUGCAUGUGCAGGUAAAGUUCGUCCUCAUCCACCAGAUAUUAUUACGUUGUCAUUACUUGCACUUUCCGUUCCGGGCCUUGGUCAUAGGAAAGCAAAAGGUGAGGCGGUAAACAAGCAUAAGCUUAUUAUGAUAACAGAUUCAAAAGAAUCUACAACUAUACAAUUGGAUAAUGUGAUUUAA